GGAAUAGAAUUCCGCGCAUUAGUCUUCGCCAUGGACACUUCCGAAUAUUAUUCCCGCUACAGAGAUUUUGAGUGGGCCGUGGAAUUAAAUCGAUUCGGUCUGGAACUGGUCGGUUUAUGGCCUAAAAUGAACGAAAUAGCAAAGAAUAACUACGCGUCCGAUCUUCGCGUAGGCAUCAUUUUUAUUAUAAUAAUGUUCGUCUCCGGUAUUCCCCUCAUAUGCUUUCUUAUACAAGUUUGCACCGAUAUGAUACUAGUGAUAGACAACUUACAGAUUACGUUACCCCUGAUAGUGGUCUCGUUGAAACUUGUCAUCAUUAGAUGGAAACAAACAGCUGUCUCAUCCAUGGUGAAGAUGAUGGCAGAAGACUGGAUGGCGCUGAAAAUAGAUGCGGAGAGGGACGUGAUGAUGAAGCGUGCGCGGACCGCACGAUUGAUCGUGAUCUGCGGAUACGUUCUAAUGAUAUUCGCAUUCACCAUGAUCAUCGUUCUUCCUUCCUUUGGUCUGCCUUUCAGGCGCUUAACAAAUCUCACGGAUCGGGAUAGACCGUUGCCGCUGCCGACGUAUUAUUUUUACGAUACGGAUAAGAGUCCGCAAUUUGAGUUGACACUUCUUAUUCAAGCCGCGACGAUCUUCUUGGCGGCUGUAACUUACACGUCGGUGGACGCUUUCCUCGGACUCGUGAUCCUCCACAUUUGCGGUCAGCUAGAGAACUUUAAACACCGAUUAGACAGCUUGUCUUCGAGCAAAGACUUCGACUGCGCUCUACGCAACAACGUGAUCGCUCAUUUGCGGCUUAUCAGAUUUGCCGAUAAAAUGGAGAAUAUAUUUACCUUAAUGAUGUUGAGUCUAGUGUUCUAUUUUGGUAUCGUAUUUUGCCUAUAUGGAUUUUUGUUGCUCAGUGUGAUCACCAAUGCAGAGAGCAAUGUCUCUCUCUCGCGAGUAGGCUACGUAGUAGUCGGUGUCAUUACUCUACUAGCCCAUACGUUUCUCUAUUGCGGUGCCGGCGAAAUUAUAACAGAACAAUGCGAAGCAAUAUGUUAUGCCCUAUAUGAUCUUGAUUGGUACAAAUUGGAAUCGAGAGAAGCAAGAAACCUAUUAUUAUUAAUGAUACGUGCCAGUGAACCUUUUCGCAUUACUGCUGGAAAGAUCAUUCCGCUGACGAUGACUACGUUUUGUACUCUGCUAAAAACAUCGGCUAGUUAUAUAUCGUUUUUACUGGCCAAGCGAGGUUGAAGCAAAA